UCUAGAGUGACUGGGAAGAAGCUUGUGACUGCUCAACACGAGACAAUCCUGCAUCAUAAGACCUCUAGAAGGGCUCUUUUCUGAGUGGUUAAAAGAAUUGGAUCUACCCCCCACUUUACAAUUCGCAAUCAUGUCCGUUGAAGGAACGGAACAGCAGCAGAACAACGACCAGGCGCAUGCUGCUGCGCAGAUGGACAAGAUGCUGGACGCCUCCAUGGCCCAGAAGAAUGACUCCCAGUUCCAAAAGCCCAGCGAUCUCGUCGAGAGGGACGAAGAUACCGGAUUGGUGUCAGUCGAGAGUCUGUGCAUGAACUGUGGUGAGAAUGGAACGACUAGACUUUUGUUGAUUCGAGUCCCUUUCUUCCGUGACAUUAUCCUAGAAUCGUUCGAGUGCCCGCACUGCUUCUUCAAAGACAACUCGGUCAAGUCUGCCGGGCAGAUCCAGCCACAGGGAACGAAGUACACACUAGAUGUCGAGGACGAAGCGGACAUGCAGCGACAAGUCAUCAGGAGUGACACUUCCAUCUUCAAGCUCGAGACCCUUGGAGUCGAGAUGCCCAAGGGAGAGAGCCAGAUGACGAAUGUGGAGGGCGUUUUGCGGAGAAUCUAUGACUCCCUGUCUCAGGAGCAGCCAUUGCGGAAGGUCCAGGCACCCGAACUCUAUACUGCUCUGGAGCCUAUCAUUGAGAAAAUUGGCAAGAUGCUUGAGGGCCAGUCUUUCCCGUUCACGAUCUCUCUGGAUGAUCCCACUGGGAACUCAUGGAUCGCUCCUAAUCCUAAUGACAAGGGCCACAAGUACAGGCGCAGGGACUACCCUCGUACCCAUGAACAGAACGAGGAACUCGGUAUCGCCGCUGAUCCCGAAGCUCAGAAGCUUGAGGGUGUCGUGCUCAAGGAAGCAGCCGGAGACCCUGAGGAUCUGGAUAUCACCGAUGGAAAGGUGUACACCCUCCCGGCUGAGUGCCCAGGCUGUACUAAGCAAUGUGUCGUCAACAUGCAGAAAGUCAGCAUCCCUCAUUUCAAGGACGUCAUCAUAUGGAGUACGGUCUGCGACCACUGCGGCUACCGCACCAAUGAAGUUAAGACCGGCGGCGAGGUCCCUGACAAGGGCAGGCGCAUCACUCUCAAGGUGGAGAAUGAGGUGGACCUCUCGCGUGAUAUCCUCAAGUCCGAUACCUGUGCUCUGAAGAGCGAGGACUUGGACCUGGAGGUUCAGCCAGGUACUCUGGGUGGUCGUUUCACAACCAUCGAAGGUCUCCUCACUGAAGUGCGGGAUCAAUUGCACGGACAGAUCUUUGACCUUGGCACUGGUGGUGGAGACAGCAUGGCUAGCAGCGAUAAGGAAACCUGGGAACGCUUUUUCAACAAGCUCGACAGCGCUAUCAAGGGGCAGAUGAAGUUCACCAUCAUCCUGGAAGAUCCGCUGGCCAACAGCUACGUCCAAGACCUGUGCUCGCCUGCUCCUGACCCACAGCUCACGGUCGAGGAUUACACCCGUACCGAUGAAGAGGAGGAAGAACUAGGCCUGAAGGACAUGAAGGUUGAAGGUUACGAGCAGGAUGCCGAGCAGAACGAGGAUACCAAGCACGAGGAGACCAAGUAAGAGUUGUGAACUGAAUGCUGUCGACUCUGCACUUUAUUUCUCAUUCUCGUUUUAUGAUGUUUAUGAUUUCCUUUUUUUUUGACGACAGUUGUCAUUCCAAUCGGAUGUGAAUCAUUUAUGCUGUUGCAUGCAUAACGGUGCCUUGUGAUGCUUGUGC